AUGCUCAUCACACUCGCACUCAGGCUCGGUGCUUUCGCUCUGAUCCACGCAGUUCACGCUGAAUCAACCAACCGCACUCUCCUACCUCCCAUCUCCACCACCUCCGGAAAAGUCCAAGGCUACCUCGAUGACAGCACCACUUCUACCCCACUCCAGAAGUGGUAUGGCAUCCGGUUUGCUCAGGAUACCUCGGGACAAAAUCGCUGGCGGCCACCUCAACCCUUCAAGGAAGCGAAUCCAGACACGGUGUUCAAUGCUACUCAGUUCGGUCCGGCCUGUAUGCAAGGGAGGGCGGACGGUGGAAAUGGGACUAGCGUGCAAAGUGAGGACUGCUUAAGGAUUAACGUGAUAUCACCGGAUGGAGCAAACAAUCUACCCGUUUAUGUCUACUCAUACGGCGGUGGAUUUGACAGCGGCGCAUCGUCAGACCCCAAGAUCGAUGGCUCUUUCAUGGCCGCGAAGGGCAUCGUGUUUGCAUCGUACAACUAUCGACUGUCCUUGUGGGCGUGGCCGCAUGCUGCCGAGAUCGCUGAAGCAGGGGAGACGCAGAACUUCGGUCUUUUGGAUACGAGAGCCGCUGUCGAGUGGAUGAAAGCCAACGCGAAAGCAUUCGGGGGUGAUCCGGAGAAGAUCGUAUUGGGAGGUGAGAGCGUUGGAGCUGAAAUGACCAAUAUGUACCUAUCCGCCUGGCCCGAGGACCCCCUCAUCAGAGGAGCUGUGAUGCAGAGUUCUGAUACGUCGCAACCACAGUGGCAAUUGGGCAACCAGCUCACCGCCAUCGCAGCAAAUCAGUCUUGCCCGACAUCUUCACCUGGCCAACUUGACUGUUUGCGUACGAAAGAUGCAUUUGCGCUUCAAGAUACCUUGUUAGCGACCGGUGACCAGUUCCAACCUGUCAUUGACAAUAUCACAAUCUGGAAGGAUUAUGUGAAACAGACGAAGGAGGGGAGGACAGCGAAGGUACCUCUCCUUAUAGGCACGAACAAAGACGAAGGUACCCUAAUAGUAAACAGCGAACCCACAGCCUUCACCAACGAGUCAGCCUACAUUAAGAGCAAUAACCUCAACUUUCCUUUCGCCAACUCUUCGCUCCUCCUCGACGCGCUCUACCCAUCUCCAUCUGCACUGUAUCCAUCAAUUUACAAUGCUACUUCCGCGAUGUGGCGAGACGCACAUAUGCUCUGUCUCGCUCAUAAUCUGGGGAAAUGGAGGACCGAAGCGUUAGGGUUGGAUGUAUGGAGGUACAGGUUUGAUUUGGUAGCCUCAAAUCUGAACUCCCUGGGUGCGAGUAUCGGGACGUUCCACGGUUCGGAUAUCAGAUUUGUGAUGGGGACAACUGCAACCAUUGCUCUUAGUGCACCGUUCGUACCCGUUACGCCUUUCGAACAAAGAGUCUCGGAUUAUAUGAUAGACGCCUGGACAAACUUUAUCAAAGAGCCGACACUGGGUCCACGUAUCCCCAACUGGCCCAAGUAUAGUCCUUCCAACUCAAGCACGCUGGCCAUCCUAGGUAUAGACGAAGAUGGAGCGAUCUUAGGAGACCACUUUGAGAUCGACAAGGUAUGCCAAUACUGGAACGAGAUUCUUCCAAUAUAUCCGCAAACCUUCCCUGCGUGUGGGAACUGGACCUGUUCGUGAUUCCGCGAGGACUGAUGGGGACCAGACUGGGAACGAAUACGAUAGGAAGUGGACGAUUGGUCACUGCAAUUUUGUGUGUUCAACACGUUUGAGAGUCCAUACGGGACCCGCUGCUGCGGUCCGUGCACAGACCCGAUGAAACCUACGAGAAUGGCAGAAGCAACAUGCAAACGACGUGAACGCGCAGGCCCUGGUGCUGCGCGGGGCAGGCUAGUCAAAUGACCAGUGUUCGCGUGCUGUUAAUGGCACUUCGCGGCGCCUUGAAGGUGAGACACGGCGAGGGUUCGUUGGCCAGGGAGGAAAAUAGCCACGAAGGGUGGAAGAAGUGAGGAGACGCUCACGAGUUCGACAGGAGGCAAGGAAGGGUGGCCGACAGAGACCGGGGUAGAGGCCUGAGGCCGGACGCGUCCAGCCCCGAAUUAAAAUAGCGCGGCUGCGGGGUAGGCGCGUGGUAUAUAUUACCGGCGCGCGCACCUUGUUCUUUCUCUUCCUCCUCGUCUUCCUCGUCUCCCGCCC